CAAACCAAACUCCUCAAAUCAAAGGUCAAACAGGGAGUGAGAGGCUCUGAAGCUUUGUUUUCACACUGUCACUCUCUCUCUCUCACUCAAAUAAAACCAUACAGGGAAGAGAGAGAAACCACAAGAACGAAGCAAUCUAUCUUUCCCGUGCCACGCAAGUAUCAGCAUAAUGUCUUGGGCUACCCCUGAUGAUGUCUUACUAUCCACCUCGCUUGCUACAUACCUAGACAAAAAACUUCUUGUCCUGUUACGAGAUGGUCGAAAACUUUUGGGAUUAUUACGCUCAUUUGAUCAAUUUGCUAAUGUUGUUCUUGAAGGUGCAUGCGAACGAGUAAUUGUGGGUGAUCUUUAUUGUGAUGUCCCUUUAGGCCUAUAUGUAAUUCGUGGGGAAAACGUUGUCUUAAUUGGAGAGCUGGACUUGGGAAAGGAGGAGCUUCCGCCACAUAUGACGUGUGUUCCAGAGGCUGAGAUAAGAAAGGCUCAAAAAGCAGAAAGGGAUGCUUCUGAUCUAAAGGGCACCAUGAGAAAAAGGAUGGAAUUCCUUGAUUUUGAUUAGAACCUACUGCCAUCUUUAUAAUCAAGUUGGUCCCAUCUGCAAAUUUUAAUGCAGCUGUGACUGAAGUUGGAUAGUGGGUGGAAGAAUAAGUAUGAUAGAUGGGCAUUUGUCUUCUGUGAAACUAGCAAGAUACCAGACAGAAUACUUGACAGCUAAAAUCUUUUUGUAGCAGGGGUCAAGAAAAAAAUUGAUCUUUUGGCUUCUCUAGAGAGCAACCAACAGUUGUCAUGCCCUGUUGUUGCAUGUGGAUUUUGUGCUAAUGCAUUUGGGGGCAUGUUAUUGAGCUCUUAAAUUCUAGUUUGGUUUUAGAAAAUCAGAUAUGGUGAAGAUGAUGAUUUUCAUUGUUUGUGCUCAUUUGUAAUGCCUUCUUCAGAAUAUUGUUUUUGUUUUUAGUUUGUGCUUUCUGCAACAGUAGAGUAACCAUUGUAUCUUGGUUGUUAUAUGCAUGGCAUAGUUAUUUGUCUUUUAUCAAGUACCGCUGCUGCUUCCUUUAAGUGUUUCU